AUGGUCCUUAAGGAGAGUGAUGGCAACUCCCUAGAGUAUGAUUUUUUUGCAGAUAUCAUGGACCAGAGCAAAGAUUUGGUGAUAGGGGCUAUUGAUUUGUACAUGUUGGCGUUGAGGAUUAGAAACGGCCCUGGGGCCAAUGCAAUUCGAGGCGUAGGCAUUCCGAAUACUCAGAGAUCAUGGAUCAAUGCUACUCAGGUUAUUGUCCCUUGUCUCGUCGGUUCACACUAUGUUGUAUGUCGAUUAGAUCUCCAUGAGGGGAUUUGCGAGUUAUACGACUCGCUUCAUUAUUGUCUUAACGAGGAUACUCGUGCAUACCGAGUUCAACAACUCUCUGGAAUACUUAAGCUGCUACCUCGUUUGUUGUUGUUUGGUGAAUGGUUCGCUUAUAGUCCGAUUCGAUCUCCCAAUUUCCAAAAUCGGAUGGAAUUUAUUUUGAGGGUAGCUGCACCGACGCUGCAGUUUAAUCAGACAGACAAUGUUAGUUGCGGCGUAUUCUGUUGCAUGCAAGUAGAGCGGCUUACUGCCGACUCACCCUCCAUUGAAUGGGGUCAUGGCCACGUCACCGAGUAUAGGUGGAACAUUGCUGCUAGGAUAUUUGAUUUGUGCAAGACCCCAGCGGUAGAGCUAGAAGACUCACGAGUUUGUCCACAUUUGUCCAAUUGAGUAUUGGAUUUUCGAUAUGUGAUUUAAUUAAAU